AUGGCGUCGGCGUCACCAGACAAAGCAUCAGCCCCACGGAGACCACGAGCGGCACGGGCGUGCAGCUUCUGCAAGCUGAGGAAGUUCAAGUGCGAUAACCAGGCUCCCCAAUGCGGCAAUUGUCGCACGUACGAGAAAGAAUGCGUCUAUCCGGAGCGAGGCAACCGUGUGAGACCCACGAAUGCUAUCAUCUCGGCAUUACGCGAAGAGAACCGUGGGCUGCGUUCGCGGCUGUCAAUUGAAGCAUCAAGCAGUGGCGAUGAUGGCAGACAACCUGUUCCAAAAGACGCAUCGACUGUCGCAUCUCUGCAAGACCCGAGCAAUGAAGCAGGCCCCACAGAUCCAACAGCUGCGAGCACUCCAGAGUCGGCGGGAAACAGAGCGCCUGCCUCCAUGAGUAAGAACGCCACGUACCACGGGCCAACCAGCGCGCUAUAUGACGAUCUCCCAAGUGAACGGCCAUCGCAGCCGUGGUUCAAUGCCGAGAGGGAGACCAGAAUGUCUACACUGCUUUUCGCUGAAGCAGCGAAGCAAAGGCAAAUGGAAGUAGUGAAUUCUGCACGUGGGCUACUGGACUUCGACGGCGUCGAUCCAGAGAUGGGCCUCCAUUUGCUGAAUUUGCAUUGGAACCGGCAGCACCACUCCUUUCUUGUGACAUAUCGCCCCGCCUUCAUGCGAGAUAUGGCGUGCCAAGGACCCUACUUUUCUAAGAUCCUGCUUAACGCCAUCUACUUUGGCUCAAGCAAGUUUAGCCCGAGGCUCGAGCUGCGAAAAGAUCCAGAUGAUGUUCGCACUGCAGGCUGGCGCUUUCGAGAACGAGUGCGUGAACUGCUUGGCGAGGCCAUGGAUCAGAGCAGAAUCACUACCAUCCAGGCCCUGCUGCAGAUGACUAAUUCUCUGUUCGCUCUUGGCGAUGAACAGAGUGCUGCAUGGCUGUACUCUGGCUUGGCCUUCCGUAUGAUCAUUGAUUUGGGAUUGCAUAUCGAUGCGACACUGAUGCCAGGUGUUCGAACGCUCACAGACGAGGAUCUAGAGGUACGACGACGUGUUUUCUGGGGUGCGUUUGUGAUCGAUAAGAUCCAGUCCUUGUACCAAGGUCGACCAGCUACACUUCAAGCAUCACAAUGUGAUGUUCCGAUUGACUUCAAGGACGAAUAUGAGGAAUUAGAACAUUGGGCACCAUUCGCUUACACUGAUAGGUCGGCAUCCGGAGGAACAUGCAGCUACAGCGUCUCCACCUUUACCCAGCUCUGUCGGUUGUGUAUCAUUCUCAACCACGUCUUGAACAAGGUCUACAAAGAGAAGAGAGCAGCCGAAGGUCCAGAAACCCCGAAACAGGAGCUGUCAGCAUUGGACAAGGAGCUCGUGACGUGGACUGAACAACUUCCUCCACAUUUGAGUAUAGACAUUGAGUCGAGAAGCACUUCUGACACCCCUCCGCCCCACGUCUUAUCGCUUUUGGCAAUGGCAAAUGUGAUUAGAAUUCUUUUGCACCGACCUUUUGUCUCGGAUGGACAUCUACAUUCCAGCUCACCGUCUGUUGCAGUGAGUUCAUUCACACAGUGUGCCACCGCCGCUACUAGUAUCGUGAAGAUUGUGAGGAAGUACGACAAAACCUACAGUGUGAGCCGGGCGCCCUACUUGAUCAGCUACGCCACUUACGUUGCAGCCACCAUACAUGUGCGCAUUGCUUCGAAACGAGGUGCAUCCUCGGAAGCUCACGCUUGUUUGCGGACUUGUCUUUCGCUAUUGAAGCAGAACUCGGCGACCAACUACGCAGUCAGAAAAGCGAUACUCGUCAUCGAGAGUCUGAUGACCAGGAUGGGGGUGCAGACUCCCGACAAGCCUGAGGUGGCGACACGAAUACAACAAACCACGACCACUGCCGCGGUUUCAGCGCCCGUGCUUUCUCAGCAUACGUCCCCUGGAACCGACACAUAUUCACCAAGUGCCAUGGGAUGGGAACCGACUUUCGUAGCAGGCAACAUGGCACCUGAUCUGGAUGUAGAUGCGAUCAUUCGGAGUUUCAUGCAGGAGCAAGGCGCUGAAAACGCCACUUUUGUAUCGGGCGGAACAUCCUACCCUGACUUGACUGGGGAGCUUGGAUAUCUGCCAACGAACACGCACCAACGAUUCGAUGACAUGAUCUUUGGCUUCAAUGCAACAGACUUCGAUUCUAUGAUGUAA